CCGUCACUGACAGUCAGCCACCGACGACGUUAAUAUUUGUCGGCGCCGAGGUCAGGUCAUUAGUCAACAACAAAGAGAAAAAAGUUUUGCAAAUUUUUAGAAUUUUCAUUAAUAUUUAUUAAAAAAUGAGUAUAUUGGAAAAUAUUAAAUAUUGGUUUACAUCGGAAACGGCCCGCAACAAAAAUUCUUCACUAAUUGCUGGUUUAUUGUUCUUUGCAGGAUGGUGGACAUUAAUCGAUGCUAUGUCUGUCGAUGAAAAACAUCAAAUAACUACGGGCCAAGUUUUUAUUGGUGUCUUUGGUACGCUAAGUUUCUUUAUGGUUAAUACAGUAAAGAAUUCGCAUAUAUCUGAGGAUAACACAUCGGAAUCUGGUGCCAGAGUUGCAAAAAUUUGGCUUUUAAUAGGUUUCGUUAUGGGAUUUGCCUCCAUUAUUGCUGCAGUUUGGGUAAUGAUUGAUGAUUUCAUCAACAAUCCUAAAAAAGACUCCAGCUUAGGUGUGGCUUUGCUUAUGCAAAAUUUUCUAAUAUUAUUUGCCAGUCUUACCUAUAAAUUUGGACGUGAUGAGGAGGUCUGGGCUGAGUAAAUAGUAACAAAAAUGAAUAAUGCGAAAUUAUAUCUUUAAAUAAUACAACAUAACCAAUCAACAUUUUAAAAAAAGUCUAUUUAAACUAAUUAACUGUGCAUCUAUUUAAAUAUUACUAAGUUGCAUAUUAAAUCACAAUAAAACUAAUAUUCAUGUAAUCUCACUAUUGUAAUUGGCAAUGCCCUGGUAGUAUUAAAAAAAAUUAAGCUUAAACAAAUUUAGCUCUACAUAAUACAACUAAAACUUAAAUUUGAAUAAAAAAGUCAUAAUGGAAUUUAAGACAAUUUGUGCAAAUACAAAUAUAAAAUAAUAAAAGUAAAAUUGUAUUCGAGCAACAUA